UCUUUCUUUCUUUCUUCUUUUUUACUUUUAUUAACUAUUGUUAAUCAUCUAAUUGAAAGAGUAAAGUGUUUUUCAUAUAUUCAAGAAGUUAAGAGUACAAUAUUUAUAUACAAGAGUUCUCCUAAAUUAAAGAAUGUAAUAAUAUCUUUGACAAGAUAUUGAGAAAAGGUAAUUAUACAAUAUUAGAAGAUCACAAAAUAAUUGCAUGAUCAAAAGAUAUGAUAUGAUAUUCAGUAGGAUAGUAGCUUAAUACGGGAGUGAUAUAUGCUAGAAGAUAAUAUCAAGAUACUUUUUUAAUAUUAUCUCCUAUACUAAUAAGAGCCAUUAGUAACUAAUAAUCAUCUUUCAUACCUUAAUUGGGGUAUUAGUGAAUUGCAAUUACUAAGUUGUAUGAUAUGAUAUUGUAGAGUUGUCAAAAUAGUACUCCGUAUGUCUUUCAUACAAGUCCGUUAAUCCUAAGUCUCUUUCCUAUGGCAUUGAAUGGCUAAUAUAUAAGUCUUGAUGUUUGGAUUAAACUAUGUUUAAGGUCCCAUUACUCGAAUUAGUCUUCCUUUAAGUGAGCAUAAAUUAAAUGUCCAAGCACCUUUUACUACAAACCGUGGGUUAACAAAAGAAACUCAGUUAUUCUUGCAUAUGCUACAGACAAGAUACAUGUGAAUUAUUAAUACCAGAGUAAUAAUUCGUAUUAUUGUUGUCUCAAUUUUAAGAAUGUGGAUUAUUGCCAAAUAUUUUUAAUAAAAGUGAAUAAAAUACUGUAGUAUGUAUGUUCCACAUUAUGUACAUAGCAGUGCUAAUGAAUUGUACAAAUUUGAAAAUAAAUUUUCAAUGCAACACUCAUCUUAAUGCCAAAAACUCGAGCAAAAGUUAUUAAUCUAGAUAGGAUAUAGACACGGAGCAUCUACAGUUUGACAAUUUCGGAUAUUUAAAUUUGCCAAAAACUCGAGCAAAAGUUAUUAAUAAGUUUCCCUUAAAUGAAUGGUUGUAGGUACCAAUAUAUGGAAAAUCAAAGGCCAAAUUCAUCAAAUUAUCGGAGAUUAAGGCGAGAAAGAAUGACUCCUGAACAACUUACACAAGAGGCUAAUACAAGAAAUGCUCAAAGGCGCAUGUCAUAUAAUUUAAGGAGGAAAUCUCAACAAAAUGCUACGGCAAGUUCUCUAAGAGACAUUACCAAUCAAAGUAACUCCAAUGCUAGAGACAAUCUUGCAGACCCUACCUCAAGACUUACGUCAAUGGGCAACUGUCAAAAUAGUGUCCGGGAAAUUGGCGAAAGUAGUGGAACUUCGAACACUAACCAUCAUAAUGUCAUGCAUGUAAACAUUGUUGAUGAACGAAUAAUUAGGCAAAGAGUGAAUCCUCGAUCUGCAAUAAAUUUUCACGAGCGAAGAGGAGUCCCAAAUGUCCAACUUUGUCCUCCAAGACUAUGUUCACAUUGUCAAGCUCGACUUUUUCAUAAAGAAUCAUCACAGAUUUGUUGUAUGUCCGGAAAGAUAAUCUUGCCAACUAUACCAGUUCCUGCAGAAUUGCUAUCAUUAUACACUGAUCAAACACCUAUUGGAGUGGAUUUUAGGUAUAAUCUUAGAAAACUAAAUCACAUACAUGCCUUCACUUCCAUGGGUGUUCACAUAGAUGAGAGUUUAGCAAAUGCCCAACAAGGAGUAUAUACCUUUCGAGCUCAAGGUUCCAUAUAUCAUAAGAUAGGUGGUUUACUCUCUAAUGGGUCCGAUUGUCGACCACGAUUCCUUCAGUUGUACAUAUACGACACUGAACAUGAGAUUGAGAAUCGAUUAGCAGAGAAUAGCACUUGCGACGAGACAUUAUACAAAGAAUCAAAGCUAUUCUGGAUCAAUGCAAUCCAUUUGUCCAUACUCUUCGAUCUCUAGCACAGCGUGAAGACAUAUAACAAUGUGCACUUCACAUUCGCGAACAACCUUCAAAUCGGCCACAAUAUUGUUUACCAUCUGCUUCCCAAGUUGCUGCAGUGAUUAUCGGUGGAGAAGAAGUUGCAAACUUGAAUCCGAGAGAUAUUUUAGUCCAGUCAAAUUCUGGUGAAUUAAUGACUAUCAUGGACACGACAGGAUAUUAUGAUCCCCUACAAUAUCCAUUACUUUUUCCGUAUGGUUCUUAUGGAUGGUCGAUUAAUAGUGUUGACAAUAAUGGAAGAACAAUUCCAUGCCGAGCUUUCUACGCUUAUUACUUCCAAAUACGUCCACAUUCUAUUUCAAUCAUCUUGCUUGCACAACGGCUGUUCCAACAAUUUGUUGUUGACAAUUUUGUCAAAAUUGAGGCUAAUAAGCUAAGAUGGAUCCGAGACCAUCAACAUACCAUAAGAGCUGAACUAUACCAAGGCUUACAAGAUUGUUUGGCUACUGGAGAACUAAAUCCAGGAUAGACAAAUUGUGACGAGCAUAUUGUAUGAACAAAAUUACUGCGCCAAGUGUUUCUAAUGACUAAUGUUUGUAAACUUAAUUUCAUGUAGUAAUUUCUGUUUUUUCCAAUCAUGUAUGUAUUGCUACUACUAAUUGUAAUAAUUUCAACCUUUUAUUUUAUAACUUUCACUACUAUAA